AGAUCUCGGCAUACACAGUACCCUUGGCGAAAAUACACCCAGGACAUUCCAUUUCAUAGUCGGAGAGAUCUUAGCAGGCUUGCGAAAUCCUUGCAAUGACUCGCUGUUACCAGGUAAACGCUCCUUCUCUUCUCAUUCUCACUAACAUUGGGAUCGUGGUGGAUAUGAUCGCGGCUACGAUCGCGGCUACGGUGGCGGAUAUGACCGUGGUUACGGUGGUGGCGGAUAUGACCGUGGUUACGGCGGUGGCGGAUGGGGUGGACCUGGCGGUUACUAUGGUAAUCAAGGAUUUGGUGGUUGGAGAAAGUAAACAUGACAUGCUCGUCAGCUAAUGUACAUUUUUGCAGAAAAUUGA